AUGGAUAUGGGGGCGUUUGCGAGCAUUGACGACAUUGCAUUCCAUUCAAACAUACCUGUGGCAGCAGAUAUAACAGUAGCCAUAGUGUACGCAGUGUUUGGCAUGUGCUCUCUGUUUAGCAACAGCACACUGCUAUACGUCUCGUACAAGAAGAAGCACCUGCUCAAACCUGCUGAGUUCUUCAUAAUCAACCUGGCCAUCAGCGACAUGAGUCUAACCCUGUCCCUCUACCCCAUGGCCAUCACCUCCAGCAUCUACCAUAGGUGGCUGUUUGGGAAAACAGUGUGUUUGAUCUACGCGUUCUGCGGCAUGUUGUUUGGAGUCUGCAGUCUGACAACUCUCACCCUGUUGAGCAUGGUGUGUUUUGUGAAAGUAUGUUAUCCUCUCUACGGUAACCGGUUCAACCCCGUCCACGGCCGUCUACUGAUAGCCUGUGCAUGGGCUUGGGCCCUGGUGUUCGCCUGCUCCCCUCUGGCCCACUGGGGUGAGUAUGGUCCGGAGCCCUACGGCACAGCCUGCUGCAUCGACUGGCGCCUGUCCAACCUGCAUCCCGUGGCUCGCUCCUACACGGCGGCGCUCUUUGUCUUGUGCUACAUUGUGCCCUGCUGUGUCAUUGUGGCGUCCUACACGGGCAUCCUGAUGACGGUCCGAGCCUCCCAUAAGGCCAUGGAGCAUCACGAGGCCCGGCAGACCAAGAUGAGCAACAUCCAGGCUGUUAUUGUGAAGCUGAGUGUCGCUGUCUGUAUCGGUUUCUUCGCAGCGUGGAGCCCUUAUGCUGUGGUGUCGAUGUGGGCAGUGUUUGGACACAUGGAUAACAUCCCACCUUUGGCGUUCGCCGUGCCUGCCAUGUUUGCCAAGUCCUCCACCAUCUACAACCCCAUUAUCUACCUGCUGCUCAGGCCUAACUUCCGCAGGGUGAUGUACCGAGACCUAGUGAGCCUUCGCAGGGCCUUUCUGAAGGGCUGCCUGUGCUCCUGCUCCCAGGGCGCUGUGGUGAAGUGCCACUCCCACUCCGGGGUCCGGGUCGGCCUCCGUUCUGCAGACGUCCGGGCCACGGCCAGUCCUGUUCCCCCACCUCGUUGCACUAGCGCCUGCGAGAAGUGCAGCGAUGCCUUCGAGUGCUUCAGACACUACCCAAGAGGUUGCCAUGGCGGCACCAACAUCCCCAGCUCCUCAGCCAACGUUUACGCACCUCAGGAUCAGCUCUCAACAGAGCCCCAGCUGCAGUCGAUGACGCAAAAACAGAUGCGGAAGCAGAGGCGGCAGCAGAAAAAGCAGGAAGCGUGUCAUAAGCAGUCCCUGCGAGCCACCAUGCACGGCAAAAGGACCUCGGAGAUCGACAACCUUCAGAUCAACUUGGAGAUGGUGCCGGGACACGCUAAAGUUGCCUGGCCCUAA